CGAACGCGUGUAAAUUAUGGAAAUAGAACCUUAAAAACAAUUUGGUUGGCUAAAGAAAGCCAGCCCCUAAGUUAGCCAGCUAAGCUUCACAGAAAAUAAUAAUUAAUAAGUGGUAAUUGUAGCUGGCCACCAGAAAUUAAGUAAGUGAAAAUGGAGCAACUGAAAAAAGUACAAAGUGAAAAGUUACUAACAAAGAACAUUAGUGAUGUGACCAAAGAAAACAGCUUUUGCGACACACUCCGGAACUGUUGCGUAGUACCACGACGAUAUAUUUUUGCAAUAGUGGGUGCAGCAGCAUGUUUCAAUGCGUUAGCGAUGCGCAUUUGCUUGAAUAUAGCUAUCACACAAAUGGUGAAGCAAAAAAGAAAAGAGCAAAUUAAAUUUGAUCCAGAUGCAUGUCCCAGUGAUGUUGUAAUUGGAAAUAUUACCUUUGUAGACAAUGUUCACGCCACUUUUGAUUGGGAUGAAUCGACACAAGGACUGGUAUUGAGUGGAUUCUAUUAUGGGUAUAUAACAACUCAGGUAUACGGUGCAUACUUGUCGGAGAAGUAUGGUGGAAAAUGGACGAUUGGUCUUGGAUUACUGAGUACAUCAUUUUUAACAUUUUUGACUCCAUUGUCUAUUCGGACUGGUGGAGCAACAGGCAUAUUUAUUCUUCGUGUCUUAGAAGGAAUGGGUGAGGGGCCAACAAUGCCAAGUCUAAUGGUUAUGUUAGCUCGUUGGAGCCCACCUCACGAGAGAGCCUUUCUUUCGUCCAUAAUCUUUGGAGGCGGUCAGUUAGGAAACAUUUACGGUUCUUUUAUGUCUGGCAUCCUUUUAUCUGAUGGUAGAGACUGGGCUUACGUUUUCUAUUUCUUUGGUGCUUCGGGACUUAUUUGGUUUGUUUUUUGGGUCCUUUUAUGCUACAGUGAACCAGAAUCUCAUCCGUAUAUCUCUAAAGAGGAACUGAAAUAUUUGAGAAGCCAGAUAACGAAAAAGGAAAGUGAGAUUAAAGGAGACCCAGUGCCCUGGAAAGCUAUGUUACUUUCGAAGCCAGCUUGGGCUUUGUUAUUUGUAAAUGUUGGCCAUGAUUGGGGUUUCUACACGAUGAUCUCGGACUUGCCUAAAUACUCGCACGAUGUACUAAAAUUUAACGUUGCCAGCACAGGCAUUCUCACGGGACUGCCAUACGCUGCCAUGAGUGCUUGCUCAUUCAUAUUUGCUGCCAUUUGCGAUUUCGCCAUAAAACACAAGUGGCACAAAGUUAAAACUGCGAGAAUCAUUUAUACGACCAUAGCAACUGCUGGUCCAGCUAUUUGUAUUAUCCUGGCGUCAUACUGUGGAUGUAAUCGUUCAGUCGCUAUGGUCUGCUUUAUUAUGUCCAUGGCGCUUAUGGGCGCAUACUACAGUGGAAUGAAGGUAAACACAUUGGAUAUCGCUCCAAACUAUGCGGGCUCUCUCACAUCAUUCGUCAACACAACAUCUACAUUAGGGGGAAUGGUUACACCCUAUCUCAUAGGCUUGUUAACACCAGACUCAACGUUAAUUCAAUGGAGGACAGCAUUUUGGGUAUGUUUUGCGGUGCUCAUGAGCAGUAACGUGAUAUACUGCAUCUGGGCAGACGGUGACCAACAGUGGUGGGACGAUGUACGGAAAUUCGGAUACCCCUCAGACUGGAGGUAUGGACCAUUACAUAAAGAAGACGAUGUUGAGGCGAAGGCAAAGGAAAUGGCAGAUUUAUCAGGAAAAAAGAAAUCUAAAGAAAAAUCAUAGGAAGUUGUUAUAACACUAACGGUCUGUUUCACCACUUUUUGAUAAAGUGCCGAAUAGGCUA